CUCCCAUAAAUAUCACCGUAUAGCCAGCGGGAUAUCUGCACGGACAUUUUCGCAUGGCGAUCUAUCAGAUCUUCGUCAAACUUCUCGAUGGCCGGACUCAAUGCCUCCAGAUCUCUUCCCCGACAAUUUCCGGCGAAACCCUAAAGAGACAUCUCUUCGCGAAAACUAGAAUUCCUUAUCGUUUACAGCUACUUAUCACCGGAUCUAGGAUCGUCUCCGACGAAACCCUAAUCUCAGCCUCCUCUGAUGGCUUUUUCCCCUCUUGCGGUCUUCUUCUCCGCCUUCCUGGUGGCAAGGGUGGCUUUGGGUCGCUGCUGCGUGGAGCGGCUACUAAGGCCGGACAGAAGAAAACCAAUAACUUCGACGCCUGCAGGGACAUGAGCGGCCGCCGUCUCCGUCACGUCAAUGCGGAGAAGAAGCUCGAGGAAUGGAAGGCAGAGGCGGAUGAUAGAAGGCUAGAGAAGCUGGCGGAGCAGUUUUUGAAGAAGAAGGCGAAAGAAACGAAGAAGAAUUCCUCGGUUGAUGUCGACAAAUACCUGGAGAAGUACCGGGAGGAUUCGGCCAAGUGCAUGGAAGAAGUGGAAGAAUCUGUUCGUCGGUCCUUUGAUGUGUACAAGGAUUUGAAGAGGAAGAUCUGCCCGUCAUCCGAUCUGUCCUCCAAACGAUUUAAGAUAUGGCUGGGAAAGAACAAAAUAGACGAGAGUUGCAGUGAAGAUGAUGAUGAAAGUGAUAAUGAUGACGAUAAUGAUAAAACUGAAGAUAAAUCUGUUGUGCUUGAUGAUGGACAUUUUCUGAGGCAAAAAAAGGAAACCAACGAGUUUUCAUUAAUGGUUGUUGGUUCUUGUGUUAGUUCUGAUGGAGAGUUAUCCAGUGGUUCUUCAGGCCAGAGUAAUUUGGAGCAAGCAAAUGGACGUUUACUUGAUGAAGGGUCUUCAGAGAAUGUUUCAGAGCAGAGUCAUCCAGAGGUAUCUCCAGAGGAGGGGUUAAAUGAAAAUUGUGAUGUCAUAUUUCCAGUAGUGGAUCAAAGUCCUCCAAAUUGGGAGAAUGAUUUUGGCUCAGAUGGUUCAUCCGAGUCUGAAUCUAUCAUUGUUCCUGAAUCUACUGCUCAGAAUGAUGCUAUUUUCAUUGCAGCAAAAGAGCCUAAAGAAGAUGAGCUGAAACCAGAGUUGCACAGCCAGACAAAUCCUGACGUGAGUGAUGAACUGGCUGCUCAAGUCUCUGGAAAAUCUAGCAUGGAGGAACCUCUUAAUUUCAAUAAGUACAACUCAGCAACAGAAUUAGAGGUUCUUGGCAUGGACAGGCUAAAGAUGGAGCUGCAGGCAAGGGGCCUGAAGUGCGGCGGCACACUGCAGGAGCGAGCUUCCAGGCUUUUUCUGCUGAAAACAACCCCUCUGGACAAGCUGCCGAAGAAGUUGCUCGCUAAACCCCCAUGCCAAGGGAAAUGAAGCUCCAAUAUUCAAGCCAAGAGAAAUGGAAACACACUCCAUACAAGUACGGCUUAAUCACUACCAUUUCCGCACCUCCUUUUUUUUAAAAAAAAUACUUUUUUAAGUAUCUGUGAUCCGCAUGUAUAGUUAAAACCAUCUACUGAAUGGUUACUGUGUUCUUGAUUUUAAAGUCCUAAAACUUAAUCUUGACAAAUCCAGGUGAAGGCUACUA